AUGUCUUCAUCACGAACCAUUCGGCCGCCCAAGACGCACUACGACAGCUCCUCGUCAUCAUCAUCGUCAGCAUACUCUUCGUCCGACUCUGACCUGUCCACUUCAGCCUCGAGGUCUUCAAUGAGGCACAGCAUGGAAGCCGCACAGAGGCCCGCCGUCUCCGUCGAGGUGCUCCGCUGCCUGCGUUGCGCCCGCUCCGUCGAGACCGUGUCCACGGACGACGUGAGCGCCACGGGCAUGGUGCGUGUCGGCACCAACAUCUACUACUGCCAGCGCUGCGCCAAGAUGGUGGGCUACAAAUGA